GGGAUACUUUAAGGCCCUGGAAGUAGAGGGCCUGCUGCCCUGUCUUCUAGUGAUUCAAGCAUCGAAGGCGGUGUCUCCGCCGAGCGAGGGUUUGGUGCCUUGAUUUGGUGCGCGUGGAGCAAAACCGCCACCGAAGACGUUGCUGUAGGCCUCUACGCAAACGCCCGAGGCCCAAAGUUCUUGGCGAGAAGUUCCAGUUUCGCUGUCGGUCCUGACGGGAGGCUGCUGCCACCUGUCGACCAAACCUGGAACCGCCAUCGAGGACGCGCGGCGCGACUCCCGCUCAGUUAUACCCGGAGUCGUGCCGCGCAGUGAGCGGCGCCGCCCUGUCUCUGGGAGCGUCUGAGAGUGUCUCGGAGUGCUGUGCGUGGCGCCGAGUGCGCGCGUGACCGGGGUGUGAUUGCCCGACCCGGAGUGCCCGACGAGCGGACGCGGGCCGGCACCAUGGGCGACGAGCCAUUUCUGCGCUCGCACUGUCCUGGCGGCGCCGGGUGCUACUGCGACGGCGCCGAGCACGUGUACGUGCGGGAGCGCACCGCCACGCCGCCGCGAUACGUGUCCAGGAGCUCCAGAAAUCGACGGACGUCUAAUAAGAGCAACAGUGUAGAGACUGUCACGCUCAGUAAAAUCAAUGCCCUCUCGACCGUCUCCACCUCUAGCACGGCGUCGGUAGCGAUGGCGUCGGCACCGCGGCUGCGCCCGGCGGCGCGGUCCGGCGCCGCCGAGGUCACCAGCCACGGCCGCAGGUCACACCGGACCAGCGGCCGGCAGGCUAUCGACCCCGCGCUCAAGGAGUACCUGGCCUACAGCAGCGACGAGGAGUUUGAGGAGUUCAUGAGUAAGCCCAAGACGGACUACACGUACGCGCGCAGCGUCAGCUACAACGUCAUCAGCCCGGAGCGGGUGACGCCGCCUAACAUGUCGCGCCGCUGCCUGCACUCUCCGGGGAGCACGCCGGCGCUCGACCGCUUCGAUACGCUGGCGUCCUCCAGAGCCGUGCGCAGCUUUCGGCGGGAGGUCACCUCGCACGUUACCACCAGCGUUUCCACCGCCUCGAAAGGGCGUGUGACGGCGGGCGCCUCGACCGUUCCCAUCUCUCGCGCGCCUUGUGCCGACCUCGCCCGUCAUAUCUCCGGAGCCGAGGGUGACACCAGUCCAACGUCGGACCUCUCCUCGCCGAAUACCCGCUACAGACUGGCUCCGGACGGAGGGUUGUACGAGAUCUCCAGAGGCCUGGACGCCGACUCGGGAGACGAGGAGUGGGCCGAGAUGGAGAACAACAACGUCUCCAAGUCGUUGGCGACGGGGCGCUAUCUCUCGCACGAGACAAAGACCCGCUGGACCGCCCGCUCGGUGGUCACCACCCUGCUGUACCCGUUCACGUACCUGUGGCUGGCGGCGAGCGGCGCCGGCCGCCGGCUGCUCCGGCGCCAGCACAGGCCACCGACACCCGACGCCGCACUCGCCGCCGCUCCCGCCGCCGACACGGUCGACUACCGGCGCUGGAUGCGCGGCCUGAGCCAGCCGCCGGCCGCGCGGACGGCGUCCAGCCUGACCGAGUCGCACUACUGGCUGCGUGCCGUCACCGCCACCAGCGACUUCCUGAACCCGGCGCCGAUGGUGCGGUCCGGCUGGCGCACCGUCACCAGUGCCGUCAGCACCACCAGCGACUACCUGAACCCGGCGCUGGCUGUCGGCACCGGGCUGCAGUGGACCGGGGGCCUGUACUGCGAGGACGACUCGGCGGCGGCGACGGCGGCGGCUAGCGAGUCAGCCCUGCUGCGGCAGCUCAAAGCCGCCCCGACCACCGCCUGGGCCGUCCUCAAGGACACGGCCGCAUUCGUGGGAACCAACACGGUGAAGACGGCUAGCACGUAUUGA